CGAACGCACGGUGUGGUCUGCUCGGCACUGCUCAUUCACUCAAUGGGAAUGGGAGCAUGAAAGCAGCGGAACCACCCGGAAACAAGAAAGGGAGGUGCUUGUUAGAUUUGGGUCAGUGCCUGACGUCCGAGUCAUCUUACGAUAGGUUCCAUCUUGCUUUGCAACGUGAAAAAAAAACCCGCUGCCAAGCAACACCUUUAUAAGCCCGCUGAGGAAGCGAACCGGUUUGCAGUGUGAAGUGCAGGUUGCCACUGCGGGAGGAAAGUUGCUGCAGAGCUCCAGCCGAAGGGAUUCCAUCCGGGAAGGGCGAAAUACCACGUCAAGCAAGAUGAUGCAAAUUAUGGAUACUUAUAACCAGAAGCACUCCCUGUUCAAUGCCAUGAACAAGUUUAUUGGUGCGGUCAAUAACAUGGACCAGACAGUCAUGGUGCCCAGUCUCUUGCGGGAUGUCCCUCUGGAAGAUGAAGGCAAGAGCGAAGUCAACGGCGUCUCCAGCACCGGAGCGUCAAACUACUACUCGGAUAAGCGGGACAUGUAUAACUACUAUGUCUUGCUGAAGUCCAUCAAGAACGAUAUAGAGUGGGGUGUGGUGCAACUGGACGAUAGGAAGAAAGAUAAAGCCGCCACCAUGGACCUUAGAGUGGACGAGGCGGAAGGAGAGGAAGACUUGCAGAAACAAUUCCACUAUCAUCUCAAUGGGUUAUAUACUGUUCUGUCAAAACUGACUAGAAAAGCGAACACUCUAACUAACCGCUACAAACAGGAAAUCGGUUUCGGGAGCUGGGGACAUUGAGCACUGAUCGGGUUACCAGGACUAAUGAAGUUAAGCCAAGCCUAACUGAAGUUGCCAGGUUAUUUUCUGUUCUGCUCCAAAAUCGGAUUUAACAUGAUCACUUAAUAAGCCCUUUUCUGUGUUUUCGUCUUAUUGCUGGGAGAAGGGAAGGCUUUGUAGGACGUGCUUAAGAAAUAAAACUUUCAUGGAACUGAA